CUCAACGUUUUUGAAAAGCAACCGCUUGUUUAUUUUCGCUUGAUGAUGUCAUCGGCAGUUUGGAUUAUAGGAUUACUUUUUAUAAAUCAGGGAUCCUCCUUUCUUCUAGAUGAAGAUUGUGGUGUGGAGGCUUCCCUGCCCGUACCUAAAAUGGUUCACGGAAGACCCGCGGAAGUUUUGGAAAACCCAUGGCUGGUCAUGAUUAAAAACGCAUCCUCAUUUAUCUGCGGUGGAACGCUUAUUAGCAAUCGUUUCGUGUUGACGGCUCAGCAUUGUAUUUGCAAAACAGACGAUUGUAAAGAAAAAUUCACUGAACUCUAUGCUAGGUUGGGAGAAUAUAACCGAACAUCGGAAGCGAAAUUCUUUCUUCCCGAAGACUACACUGUGGUGAAAUUCUACAUCCCAAAAGAGAAGUUUUUGGUAGAAACCCAAGUGAAUGAUAUAGCUCUGCUCAAGCUGCAUAAGACCGUGACCUACAAACAGCACAUUCGACCUAUUUGCAUUAUAUCAGACAGCCGCAAGAGAUUGGACACCCAGAUCAUCACAAAAUUCACGGCUGUCGGUUGGGGAAGAACGGAGAAUAACACCUUAAGUGAUGUGAUUAGAAAAGCCGAAGUCAACCGACUCGAAAGCAAUGAUUGCGCCGUCCUUUCCUAUAGGGAUUUGACCGACUCACAGAUCUGUGCUGGCACGGGAAACCAUACGGAUACCUGCAAAGGAGAUUCUGGAGGACCGUUGUACGCAAACGUUACCUACGGUGGUGUAUUGCGAAAAACCCAGCUGGGAAUCAUUAGCUACGGAACUCCACAGUGUGCCGGACUAGGUGUGUACACCGACGUAGUGAGCUUUGCCGACUGGAUCGAAAAAACGAUGGCGUCGGACAUCACAGUGGUACUUCCCACGCUGGACCUGCUGGAUAAGGGAUGCUUGGAUACCAAGGGAGCAACGCCCACCAAAGAUAUGUUGGGCCCAUCUACUUUUCCUUGGUUCGCGCGGGUAUACAUGGACAACUAUUCGUUGUCCUACGGCGCCCUGAUAACCGAUAGUUUUGUGCUGACGACUGCCGAGUUCCUUUUGGAAACUGCUCCAUUGCAUGUUCGUUUGGGGGAUCCGGGUAAAGGUACCGAAGAGGUCUACAAAGUGAAGUCUGUGCACAGGCAUUCUAAAUUCGAUAACCAGAUUGCGAACGACAUUGCUCUGCUCGAAUUGGAAAGGAAAGUGGAGUUUACCGAUCACAAAAAGCCGAUUUGUCUGCCCUCAUUGACCAACAAGGCAGAGCAGGAGCGGUUUGAAAAUAACGCUGAUCUGGCGCAAAGUCUCAUGACCAUCGGAUGGGAUAGAAACAAGGCAAUGGUAAUUCCACGGAGCGAUUCCAGCAACUGCUACCGCAAGGAUAACAAAAACAUUGAUUCAAACCAAAUCUGCAUGAAGUUGUCCAAUCCUUACCUUAACUACGUAAGUAGUGGGAGUCCCCUAUUUAGGAGGCUUCCCUAUGGAAACAGCAAGGUUUUCACUCUUGUCGGACUGGCCAGUUUUGAAAUCCGCGGAAGCUCUCAACUUGUUUACACCAAUGUUUUUGGCUACAUGGAUUGGAUAAAGAAUUUAUUAAAGCAGUAAAGCCUCCCGAGGCCAACAACAAUAAAGGCAAUAAAACUGUUGAUAAUGGUUCCUGGAAAAUAUAUUAAAAACAAAAAUUA